GUGGCAGGGACUCAAGAACCCUUCUGUCAUCCAUCUAUACUUCCAUACACUCAUCUAUUCAUACAUACUCAUCCAAAACCACCAUGCCUCCUCCAAAAGUUGACAACGAGGCCGUCGACUACGGUGCGGAAAAGGAAACAAACGAAAUCACUCCACCUCGUCGGGAUUCGUCGUCACACUCGUCCAACACGGCAGCAGACAAGUAUGAAGACAUUCGAACUCACCACAAAGAAGGCGGCGAUGAUGGCCGCCGAAGCAGCAGCGGCAGUGGACGCCGCAACAGUUUCCGCGUCCGUCAACCCUCUGUCUCGGCGCAAUUGCGAAAUCCUUUGGCUGGAAAGACUGAAGCCGACGUCCUGAGAGACGUGGACCUUUUCAUUGAAGAAAAGGGUCUCCAGGACCACGCUGACGAAUUCCGCAAGGGCGCUCUUCUGGCCCGCGUCAUCAACAGAGACGGCGGCUUCGAGCAAAUUGCUCAGAUCAACGAGGACGAAAAGGCCGUUCUGCGACAUGAAAUUCAACAUCGAUGGAGUCAACCAUUUAUGCUUUACUUUCUCGUCGUUCUCUGUGCUGGCUCUGCCAUUGUCCAGGGUAUGGAUCAAACUGCCGUCAACGGUGCCCAGGUCUUUUAUUUCGACGAAUUCAACAUCACCAACGAAUGGCAACAAGGUCUCUUGAACGGUGCUCCAUACUUGUGUUCUUGCCUGAUCGGCUGCUGGACCAAUGCGCCCCUCAACAAGGCUUUUGGUCGUCGAGGAACCAUUUUCAUCUCUUGCUUCAUCUCCUUUGCUGCUUCCUUCUGGAUGGCUGCUGCAAACACGUGGUGGAAUCUAUUGAUCGCUCGAUUCGUUCUCGGAUUUGCCGUCGGCGCGAAAUCCAGCACAACACCCGUCUACGCAGCCGAAUCAGCCCCCAAGACCAUUCGAGGCGCCUUGACCAUGCAAUGGCAGAUGUGGACUGCUUUUGGUAUCAUGUUGGGAUUUGUCGCUUCGGUGGCAUUCCAAGAUGUCAGUUACCUCGGUGAAUACACUCAAUGGCGAUGGAUGCUUGGCUCAACAGCUAUUCCACCCUUCGUUGUGCUUUGCCAGGUCUAUUUCUGUCCAGAAUCUCCUCGAUGGUACAUGGAAAAGGGCAAGUUCGACAAAGCCUUCCAAUCAUUCGCACGUCUUCGAACCACCAAACUACAGGCUGCACGUGACAUGUACUACGCCUACAAGAUGCUCGAGAUUGAAGCCACUCAGCGAGAAGGAAAGAAUCUCUGGAAGGAAUUCUUCUUUGUCAAGCGUAACCGUCGCGCUGCUCAGUCUUCUUUCUUCGUUAUGUUCAUGCAGCAAUUUUGUGGUGUCAAUGUUAUCGCAUAUUAUUCGACACAGAUCUUCAUGGAUUCUGGUUUCGACCGUCGACAGGCGCUUCUGGUAUCCUUCGGUACCGGUGUAACCAACUGGCUCUUCGCCAUUCCCGCUCUCUACACAAUCGAUACAUUUGGCCGACGUAACCUGCUCUUGACGACCUUCCCACUCAUGGGAGCCUGCUUGCUCUUCACCGGCUUUUCCUUCUUCAUCCCCGAAGGUCAAACACGUCUCGGUAUGGUCGCCACGGGUAUCUACCUUUUCAUGGUUGUCUACAGUCCCGGAGAAGGUCCCGUUCCAUUCACCUAUUCAGCCGAAGCGUUCCCUCUGUACAUUCGAGACGUUGGUAUGAGUUUCGCUACCGCCACCUGCUGGGGAUUCAACUUCAUUCUCAGUUUCACUUGGUUGGCCUUGGUGCGCGCUUUCCAACCUCAGGGUGCUUUUGGCUUCUACGCCGCAUGGAAUUUCGCGGCUUUCUUCCUGUGUUAUUUCUUCUUGCCUGAGACAAAGAACCUCACUCUCGAAGAACUCGACGACGUCUUCAGCGUCGGUGCCAGAGAACACGCCAAAUACUACCUUCAAAAGGCUCCCUGGUAUAUCAACAAGCAUGUCCUCCGCCGUGAUGUGGAGCCUGUUGCUCCUUUGUACCAAUUCCACGGUUAAACAAGUGGCAACAUCUCCUCAAGGUCAAGGGGUUUCCAUCCUAGUCCUCGGUGUUUAAACCAAACCCUUGCACCAAAAGACACUCCACGGACACAGACACAGACACAGACACACAUCUAAUUGUUUGCAAAAAAGUCUGAAACAGCCUCAACAAGCUCUACUUAUCUUCAUCCUCGAAAUCCAAAAAUUGCCCAAACAUCACCGUCAUCAUUUCCGAUACCCACCUACAUCUCCUAUGGUAUUGGACAUAGACGCUGGACGACUCUGUCGAAUAUGUAUCCUUUAUCAAUAUACCUAUCAGCUUAUGCGAUGAUAUGACAACCCUUACGAAACGCUAUUCCCUUGGUCUUUUCUCCUUGUCAUUUCGAAAUCUCCUUCUUGUGUGCGAAUAGUGCAGAGCAUGUCUGUCGGUCUCCUUUGGUUGUCUUGAAUCGUUUGAACUGAGAUACCUGCCUGC